AUGUCUGGAAUGGAUUCAGAUGUCCAGGCAGCUGAAGAUGUUCUACCUUUCGACGUCGGGGUUCCAUCGUUCCAGGCAAGAGGGCUUGGAUAUCGGGCCGCCCGUCACGGAGAAAGUGGAGAGCUCGGUUAUGAGUGUGACGUGUGUGGCAAGGACUGGCGGUGCCCGAGCGAGCUGGAGACCCACCGGCGGGUGCACACGGGAGAACGCCCCUUCACCUGCUCCGACUGCGGCAAGAGCUUCAAGACGGCGAAGGUCCUGAAGAUCCACCAACGGGUGCACAUGGGCGAGAAGCCCUAUGGCUGCUCCAUCUGCAGCAAGAGCUUUAGCCAGUUGUCGUGGUUGCGGGAGCACCGGCAAGUGCACAGCAGUGAGCGGCCCUUCACCUGCUCCAACUGUGGCAAAGGCUUCAAGUCGUCCAAGGAACUGAAGAUGCACAGGCGCGUGCACACCGGGGAGCGGCCCUACACCUGCAGCGACUGCGGCAACAGCUUCGCCCAGUCCAGCGGCCUGCUGCUGCACCAGCACACCCACACCGGUGAACGGCCCUACAUCUGCGCCCAGUGCGGCAAGGGCUUCACCAAAUCCAGCAUCCUGCUGCAGCACCAGCACACCCACAAUGGCGAGCGCCCCUACACCUGCGUCCAGUGCGGCAAGGGCUUCACCAAACCCAGCAUCCUGCUGCAGUACCAGCACACCCACAAUGGCGAGCGCCCCUACACCUGCGCCCAGUGCGGCAAGGGCUUCACCAGCUCCACCAAGCUGCCGAUGCACCAGCGCACCCACAACGGCGAGCGCCCCUACACCUGCGCCCAGUGCGGCAAGGGCUUCACCCGCUCUGACUGCCUGCUGGAGCACCAGCGCACCCACACUGGCGAGCGCCCCUACACCUGCGCCCAAUGCGGCAAGAGCUUCACCCAUUCCAGCACCCUUCAGGAGCACCAGCACACCCACACUGGC